GAUCGCGACCCGUCCACACACCGAUCGACCGCCAACUGACUACCGGCACGCCAUGGAUCUGCGUACGCUCACCAGCCUGAUCGUCUUCUGCUGCAUUUCUGGACUAUCUGCGGCCCCGUACCCUUACAAGGAGUACUGCCAGGCGUGCGUGCCUCGUAACUGUGGCAGGCCUCGCGACCCCUGGGACCUGCUGCCCGGACGCACCUACGGCGGCGCGAACUCCACGAGGGGGCGCUUCCCGUGGCACGCCAUCAUCUACGCCGACGGUGCCCCGAUAGGCGGCGGAGCCCUCAUCUCCUGCAACUUUGUCCUCACCACGGCCUACCUCGUGCAAGACUACCGUCCGGCUAGGCUUCAGGUGAAGCUCGGCAAGACCAACCUCGACAAGGAAUCUCCCACGGAGCGCACCUACGCUGUGUUCCAGCGUGUGCUGCACCCGAGCUGGGACCCCGAGCGCGACCUGUACAGCUACGACCUGGCCCUGCUGCACCUCGAGCGCGAUGUGGACUUCGCCUCAACCAACGGCUUCAUCAAUGCAGUCUGCCUGCCGGAGCCCCGCGCCGACGCUCAAGGCUGGCUCACGCUCACCGGCUUCGGAUACGACGACAAAGGCCGACGAAACAACCUAAUGCAAGAAGUGCAAAUUCGGAAGCUCAGCGGUGACCAGUGUCCCCUGUUCAAGGACAAGCCAUACGCCUUCUGCGGGCUAGGAACGAAGGCCGGAGCCUGCACGGGCGACCGCGGCUCUCCCGUAGUGCAGAUGUCUCCGACCGGCCAGUUCAUGCUCGUCGGCCUCGCCAACGACUACCAGUGCCAACCGGGAGGCACCGACGUCUACACGCAGAUCUCGUACUUCAACAAGUUCGUGUGCAAGAUCCCCGUCGAAGACUAAAUGACGCGCGAAGCCUGGCCAUCGCAUCGCCAUCCGCAUCGUCACUAUGCUUUUACAAAUCUCAUCCAGCGCUGCGCGCAAUCAUCUCGCCUCAUCUCAAGCCAUCUGUAGACGAAACGAGGGUUCGCAAAUUGCUGUAACGUGACUGGUCGAUCAAUAAACAAAGGCUGGGAGUAUAC